AUGUUAGAAACGUUCGUACAAAUUAUUCUUUUUAUAACGUUUAUUAAUGAUGUGAUAGCUAGUAGUAUUGUUGAAGAACAAAAGAAAGAAGGAUAUCCAUGGUGUGAUAUUGAUAAGAAUAUGUCAUGGUGUGAUAUAAAUGAUGAAGGAAUUAUUUAUCUAAUAGAAGACACCGAAAAGACAUGUUAUUAUGAUGAAGAUAAGUGGAGAGGAUGGAUGAGUAGAUGUAAUGAAAGUAAUGGGUUAUGGAAAUAUGAUGAAUUUGUUAUUCAAAAAGAUUGUUGUGGAAAGGACUAUCAAGAAGAACCAUACAAUAAUGAAUUAGUAAUUAUGGAUACGGUUCGUAAUACAAAUAAAGUUAUUAAAUUUAGUGCAGAAACAACAGCAUAUUCAAGAGAAUAUCUAAAUAUUACAAUAUAUGAAACAUUUAAAAAUGUUCAAUUAAAAUUUUUAUUAGAAUAUGUAUUAGAGAAUAGUAUUAUUUCAAUAUCACGUUCAAUUGAAAAUAGUGAAAGGAAUCCAAAAACAAGUCAACCAGAAUAUGUUUUAUUAAAAUAUAAUAAAAUUAUAACACCAUUUGUUAAAUUAACAGGAAAAGCAAAUGUAAUAGUUGAAGAUAAUAUAAUUCAAGAAAAUGAUCCAUGUGAGUAUAGAUUUACAUCAAGUAAAGAUAUCGAAUUAUUCAAUACAAUUAAUUCAAAUAAUAAAAUAGAAAGAAUGUGUUCAUUUAAUGAAUAUAAAAGAAUGGCAGUAUGUGGUAAAAAUGUAGAAGUAAUUUCAAAUUGUAAUUGUGAAUAUGAAAAUCAUGAAUAUCUUAACAAUAUGGUUGAUUGUUCAUAUUUUAAUGAAGAGUUAGUAUUUUUUAUUCAUGAAAAUCAAAUUGAAACACCGUUUCAAACGAGAUGGAAAAGUUUUACAACAAAUGGAAAACCAACAACAUUUUUUAUUGAAAAAGGAAGAAAUAUCACAUUUAUUGGUGAUGUAUAUCUUCCAAAAACACCAGUAUAUUUUGAAUACGGAAAAGUAAUUUUUGAAGGAACAAUUUAUUUUAGUGAUGAAGAUGGAUUAUGUGAUUUAGGAGAAUAUAAUAUAAACAAUGUUAAUAUUGAUAAAGUUACAAAUAACAGACAUAUUCUUUUUGUUGGUAAAUGUGGUAUGGGAUAUGAAAAUUGUCAAAAUUUUAUUAAAGACAAUAAAUUUAAAGAAGUUAAAUGUGGAGGAAGUCAAUCAAGAAUAUUAAAAGAAAGUAGUAAAUUAAAAUGUGAAUGUGAACAAGAAAAUGAAAUAAAUUAUAUUCAAAGUGAUUGUGAAUUAUUUUCCAUUCAUAAAGAAUAUUCAUAUGAUUUAUUUAUAAAUUAUAAUUAUAAUGGAGGAAAUAAUAUAAGGUAUUGGAAUUCAAUUAUUGUUAAUAAUAAUAGUAUAGUAUUUAAUGGUUCUAAAACUAUUGUUAAAGAAAUUUGUGAUUUUACUAAAGUAGAAAGAUUAGAUUUAUUUGGUUAUUUAAGUUGUAAAGAGUUACAUCUAAAAUCAACAACUAGAAUUAUUGGACAUGAAAAUAGUGAAUUAAAUACUUAUUCUAUAUUUAUUGAUGGUAAGGUUAAUAAUUUAAAUAAAGAUGCUCUUAUUCAAAUGGGAAAAGGAAAAUUUUUAUCUGAUGGUUCUACAUUAUUUACUUUUACUGAAGAAGUUACAGAAUGUUUUGAGUUAGUAAGUUCAUUACAAGAAUUAAGUAAUUCAAUUAAUUCAGAUAAAAUAAAUAAAGAAGGGGAAAAAUAUAUUAAUGUUCAAGUAAUAGAUAAAAUAGUAAGAAUUUGUCCAUAUGAAAAAAUAGAUAAACAAGUAAAAUGUAAUGUAAUAGAAAAUACAUUAAAAAUAUUUAAUUAUGAACAAUGUCCAUGUAAUGGAGAAUAUUGUUUUUUUUAUUUAGAUAAUUUAAAAUAUAAAGAAUUAUAUUUAGAUGAAACAAAUAAAAUUACUGGUAACAUUGUUUUAUCAAAUAAUUUUACUAUUAACUCUAUUGGAGGAGAAGCUUUUAUUUAUAAUAUUCUUUUUGAUGAUCCUUAUUCUAAUUAUUUCAUUUCUAUUAAUGGUAAUUGUAUGUUAUCUUAUACUUCUCCUAUUCUUCAAACUUUUAUUUUAAAUGGAAAGUUAACAUUGUAUAAAACAACUUAUGCUCAUAUUAUUUCAAAUACAAAUAGAAGUUCUAUUGUUUUUCAAAAUGAACCUUCUUAUCUUAAAUUAGAUGCUUCCGUUAGUACUUCUGUUGAAAUGAUUAAUGGAAUAAUUCAAAUGGGAAAUGGAAGAUUAAAUGAUAUGAAUGGUAUAGUUAUUUCAAAUUCAUAUAAAGGCUGUUUAAUUGGUUAUUUUGAAGAACAUAAAUUUUCUUGUAUUACUUGUUCUGAUGGUCCACUUACAAAUAACUGUUCUUCUUCUACUAAUGUUUUGUAUUGUCAGUCAUAUAACUCAUUUAGUCAAUGUAUUGAAUGUGUUAAUGGUUAUUUUCUUAACGAGGGUUGUUUAUCUUGUUCAGCUAAUUGCAAGAAAUGUCGUGAUGACAAUCAUUGUUUACAAUGUGAAGAUGGAUACACAUUGUCAGAUGACCAGUGCAGUAAAGAAAUUGCUCAAGAUUGUUUACUUUAUUAUAAUAAUAAGUGUGUUAAAUGUGCUGAAGGUAAAUAUUCUAUUGAUGGUGUUAGUUGCACAGGAGACUGUCAAAAGAAUUGUGUUCAAUGUUAUAAAAGUGAUAAUGACAAAAGUAAAUGUACUAUAUGUAAAGAUGGAUUUAUUUUAUUUAAUAAUGAAUGUUUAAGUACUACUGAUGUUAGUAAUUCAAAAAAAUUUAAUUCAAUUGUAGGCAAUACUGGUGUAGAAUGUGAAUCAGGUUAUGUCCUUGUUGAUGGGUCAUGUCAAAGUUGUUCUUCAUAUCAUCAUGAUGAAGAUUGUAAUUUAUGUGAUUUAAACCAAUGCCUGUCUUGUAAAACUAAGUUGCUAUUAAAUGGUAUUUGUACUUUAAGUUCGGACAAUUGUAAUAGUAUAACAAAUUCAAAAUGUUUCUUAUGUAAAGAACAGUAUUACAAAAAAGAAAAUUGUCAAAAAUGUGGGCAAGGUUGUAAAGUAUGCGAUGAAACAGGAACAUGUCUUGAAUGUAUUAAUGAAUCAGCUUUGUUAAAAGGAGAGGUUUGUGAAGAUAAAGAAACAACUAAAACUCAGUCUUUAACAGAAAAUGAAUUUGAUAUAACAUUUGAAGAAUGUGAUAUUAUUCGUUAUGGGUCAUGUCUACGAUGUAAAGAUGGAUAUUAUGCAUCAAAUGGAAUCUGUAAAAAAUGUGAUGAAAAUUGUGGUUCAUGUGUAAUUAAUUCAAAAUAUUGUAUGUCAUGUAAGGGUAAUGCAAUUUUAUCAAAUCAUACAUGUCUAAAUGAUUAUAAAUCACUAAGUACGUCGUGUGAGCUUCAAAUAAAGAAUGGGUUAGGAUGUAUAAUUUGUAAUGAUGGAUAUUAUAAAAAAGAUUCUAUUUGUUUUAGUUGUGAAGACCCAAUGGAAACAUGCAUAACAGAAGAUAUAGCAACCAAUUGUAAAAAAGGAUAUUUUCUUGAUAAUGGAAAAUGUAUUAAUCAAAAUGAAUUAAAAAAUUGUAAAAUUAAAACUCCAUUAGGAUGUAGUCAAUGUGAAAAAGGAUAUUAUGUUGAUAAUUUGUAUUGUACUAAAUGUGAAGAACAUUGUAAAUUAUGUACCAAUAAAUAUUGUGAUGUAUGUGAAGAGAAUUAUAUUAGUAUAGAUGGAACAUGUUAUUAUUUUAGAGCAGUAAAUAAAUGUGAAUCAUCUGAUGGAUUAAAAUGUACUAAAUGUAGUUCAGGAUAUACUCCAGAAGGGAAAUAUUGUGCAAAGAAGAAUUUGUGGUAUGUUUGGGUUAUUAUUGUAGUAGGAAUAAUAUUCAUUAUUUCACUUAUUAUUCUUGGAAUUGUUUAUAAAAGAAUUCAUCAUAAGAUUAAGAAAACAAACUUUAACGUUAAAAGUAUUGAUUCAAUUUGUCAAACAACUGAUUUAGUAUUUUGUUCACCACAUAUUUUAACAGAUAAACCAGUAAUAGAAUUUUAUGGAGAUGAUGAACUAAAAGUAAAACAAACAAAAGAAGUAACAUUUUAUAUUGCUAAUGCUGGAAAAUCAAAAAUUAAAAUUCAACCAACAAUUAUGGAAAAUGAAAAAUAUGAAUUUAUUAUUGAACCAGAAGUCGUUGUUUUAAGAAGUAAAGAAGUGGUUGUAUUUAAAGCUGAAAUCACACCAUUAUGUUCAACACAAAUAGAUGAUAAAAUAUUAUUCCAUUCAUAUGAUAUGAAAAAAGAUAUUAUGACUGAAUUUUCAAUUGGAUUAGAGUUUAUAACAGAACAAACUAAUAUUAUUGAUUAUGAUGAAUUAAUAUUUGAUAAAAAAUUAGGUGAAGGUGGAUUUGGUAUUGUUUAUAAAGGAAUAUUUAGAGAAAAUGAAGUUGCAAUAAAAGUAUUAAAAGAUAAUGAAAUGACAGAGGGUUCAAUGGAAGAAUUUAAGAUAGAGGUUGAUAUGUUGGAUAAAUUUAGAUGUGAGUAUAUCGUUCAAUUUUAUGGUGCUUGUUUUAUUCCUACUAAAACUUGUAUGGUAACAGAAUAUGCAAAAUAUGGUUCAUUACAUAAAUGGAUUAAAAAUAAAAAGAAAGUUAGUCAUCAUUUAAAAAUUAAGUUUUGUUUAGAUGCUGCAAAGGCUAUUGAAUAUCUUCAUUCAAAUGGUAUCUUACAUCGUGAUAUUAAACCUGAUAAUAUGUUAGUCUUUUCUUUUGCUGAACAAGUUGGAGUUAAUUUAAAACUUACUGAUUUUGGAAGUGCAAGAAGUAUUAAUCGUUUAAUGACUAAUAUGACUUUUACUAAAGGAAUCGGAACUCCAGUCUAUAUGGCACCUGAAGUUUUACAACAAAAAAGAUAUAAAACAACUGCUGACAUUUAUUCAUUUGGUAUUUCAAUAUAUGAAAUUUUAACAUGGCAAGAAGCCUACCCCACGUCUGAUCCUCGUUUUGUAUAUCCUUGGAAAAUUGCAGAAUUUGUAAUAAGUGGUAAAAGAUUAGAAAAACCUACAAAAUUACCUGAAAAUGAAUACCGUAUUAUAUCUGAUUGUUGGAAAGAUAAAAGUGAUGAUAGAAUACGUGCAUGUGAUGCUAUAUCUCGUUUAGAGAGAUUAAUUACUUAUUAA